UGGAACUUCAAUUUUUUGUUGCUAGUAACAUGGCUUGCAGAUUGUGGGCUGUAAUUAUCGCUAAAGUAUGUCAGGUUGUCUGAAACUCUAUUGGUUCUGUAUUGUUGACACCAGCUGAAUAAAGUCUGUGUUAACAGGAUUUUAUAUAGUCUAACAAAGCUUUCCUCUUAUGAGUAUAGACAGGAGCUUCAAAUUGAAAAGGACUGAAUUGAAAGUUGGUCGGUAUGGUUCAAAGAUCCUAAGUACUGAAGCUGAGGCAUUUAAUGCAGGAAACAGACUUUAAAGAGAAGGACAAAAUGCAGAAUCUGUGUGCUACAAAUGGAGGAACAGAGCAGUGCUGUGGGGAGCACAGACGGAGACUGGAGUUGUUCUGCCAGGAGGAUGAGGCCUUUAUCUGUGUCCUGUGUGUUCCUAGGCAUUCAUAUCACAGUUUUGUGUUCCUGCAUGAGGCAGUCCGUCUGUAUAAGGACAAGCUGAAAACAUCAUUGUCAUCCCUGGAACUAAAAGUCCGAGAUCUUAAAGAUUUACAAACCAAGAAUGAGAGAGAAUUCCUGGAGAUGCACGACAAGCUGAAAACAUCAUUAUUAUCCCUGGAACUAAAAGUCAGAGAUCUUAAAGAUUUACAAACCAAGAAUGAGACAGAAUUCCUGGAGGUACAAGAACAUGCUGUUAAUUUGGAAAAGUUCAUUGCAGAAGAGUUUGUAAAACUGCACCAGUUUCUUCAUGACAAGGAACAAAAACUCAUUCAACAACUUAACAGCAAAGCAUCAGAAAUUCUGAAAGACUUAGAAGAACAUCUUGAAUGCAUUAAAACUGGUGUUAUGGAAAUCUACUCAGCAGUGUUUGAUACUAACUUGGAAAUCAAAACAGAAGUAGAGGUUCUGGAAGAGACAAAUGAUGACACUGACUGUCUGACAACCACUGAGGAAUCGGUGUCAGGUGAUACAUCAGAACAUGGAAAACACAAAGCUAAUGGAGUUCUAUCAGCUCCAGAAUCCUUUGAGGAUGUUGCUGUUACUUUCUCAGCAGAGGAGAUGAAGAUGCUAACAAAACAAGACAAGGAGCUUCAUAAGGAAGUGAUGUUAGAGAACUAUGAAACCUUAGUUUCAGCAGGUUACAAAAUCCCCCGAGAGGCAUUGUUAAUGCUCCUUAAAGAAGAUAAUGAUGAACUGCCAGUGAAUGUUGAGGGGAUAAACAGAACAGAACACAAGAAUAAUUUUAAAGAAAAACCCGACAGCAAUGGGAGCAGAGAAUGGAGCAUUUGUGGGAAUCAGCAGCCAUCACUUGGAGUAUCUAUGUUACAUUAUCCUACAGAGAACCUGCAGCACUCUAUCCAAAAUCUGAAAGGGUCUGACAAGCAUCUUGUUACAUCUGUAGCACAGUUUCCUCCAGGAUAUACCUGCAACAUGAACUCUGAAUGUGACCGAAGUUCUAUAGUACAGAAAAUUCCAUUAGUACAUCAGAGAGCUCACAAAGAAAAUAAACCAUAUAAAUGUCCUGAAUGCAAUAAGUGUUUCAGACAAAGCAGUGAUCAGGUAAAACAUGAAAGGACUCACACGGGGGUAAGACCAUAUAAAUGUCCUGAAUGCAACAAGUCUUUCAAGCAAGGGAGUCAUCUAGUAAACCACAAAAGGACUCACAUGGGGGAGAGACCAUAUGAAUGUCCUGAAUGCAGUAUGUGUUUCAGAAAAAGGGGGGAACUAGUAAUUCAUGAAAGGAUUCACUCAGGGGAGAGACCAUAUACAUGUACUGAAUGCAAAAAGUGUUUCAGAAAAAAGGGGGAACUAGUAAUUCAUGAAAGGAUUCACACAGGGGAGAGACCAUAUAAAUGUUCUGAAUGCAAUAAGUGUUUCAAACAAGGGAGUCAUUUAGCAGAUCAUAGAAGGACUCACAUGGGGGACAGACCAUAUAAGUGUGCUGAAUGCAGUAAGAGAUUCAGAAGAAGUAGUACUCUUAAAGUUCAUCUGUUAGUUCACAAAGGGGAGAAACCAUAUAAAUGUCCUGAAUGCAGUAAGUGUUUCAGACAAAGGAGUGCUUUAGUAAGACAUGAAAGGACUCACACGGGGGAGAGACCAUAUAAAUGUUCUGAAUGCAGCAAGUGUUUCAGACAAAAAAGUGAUCUAGCAAAACAUGAAAGGACUCACAUGGGGGACAGAGAAAGUCCUAAUGGAGAGAUAAAAAGUCAGCAAGCAAAGGAGAGUAGUAGUGCUGAAGUUGAAUUCAUCCUCAAGUCUUGGUGAGUACCUUCUCAAG